GUGUGUUCACUGUUCACAAUUCUGACCCGGCCCAUUAUUGUCCCGGGCAGAAAACAUAACCAAAUACUUUGAGGUUUAUUAAACCCAAAGCUCCGAAGUAGAAACCCUAAAACCCUUGGCUUCUUCACUAGCCACACACACAAUGGAAGGGAAGCUCGAAGCUGCCGGAAAAGAUGUUCUUGUUGAUAUUGUCAAGUUGGCUCAAAAGAGAGGAAUGGAAGGUAGUAAAGGUGGGUGGAAGCAGUUUUUGAGUUCGUACGAUAAGCAACUUGGGUCUAGUUUAAGUGAUCCUUCGAGGAGGAAACCUGAAGUGUUGCUUGCUUUCCUCAAUACGUUUACUAAGGAGGAGGAUUUGAAGUACCUUGAAAAAUUAUUGGAUUGCCAUGCUAAUCGUGACAAUGUGUUGAAAGACUUGAAGAAAUCGGCUGGUGCUGAAUCUCCGGAACAGAAAUUGGUCCGGCUAACUCUGGAACACCCUCACUACCCAUCCAGUUAUUCAUUUCCAUCACACGAGGAGGGUUGGGAGGUUACAAAGAAAAUCAAGAAGUCCAAGGCAAUGAGAUCAACUGAUAUGAUAUCUGUUGACUGUGAGAUGGUUCUUUGUGAAGACGGUACUGAAGCUUUGGUGAGGGUUUGUGUUGUGGAUCGCAAUUUAGAGGUAAAACUUGAUAAGCUUGUAAAACCUGAUAAAGCAGUUGCAGAUUACAGAAGUGAUAUAACUGGUAUAACUGCAGAAGAUUUAGUAGGCGAGACUUGUUCGUUGCUAUACGUGCAGAAAUCAUUAAAGAACCUAUUAAAAAACGGAACAAUAUUGGUAGGCCACAGUUUGAAUAAUGAUCUGAAAGCACUAAAGCUAGAUCAUGCAAGGGUUAUUGAUACUGCCCUUGUCUUUAGAUAUGCUAAUGGAUCUAAUUUCAGAAGACCUUCUCUGAGUGACUUGUGUAAGUUAGUGUUGGGAUUUGAACUUCGGGAAAAGGGUGCCCCACACAAUUGUCUAGAUGAUGCCAGUGCUGCAAUGAAACUCGUUCUUGCUCAGAUAGAAGCUGGUGUGGAGAAUCUUGUACGGCUACCUGAAAAAGACGUGGCUGAAAAAGAUAUGGCAAAGUUACUUGUACACCGUAUAUCAACCAGUUUACCUGAAGAAGAGUUGCAUAAUAUUAUUUCUGGGGAGUUUACAAUCGAAGUGAAGACUGGUAAUAAAGCUGGAGGGGGGGUUUAUUCGGCUUUCAUUAUCUUUGGGAAUCAACAGCUGGCAAAUGAAGCGUAUGAAAACCUUGACGGGAAACAAGAGCAGGAUUCAUCUGGGCGACCACAGAAGUUGGUUUCGUAUAAACUCACAACUGGUGUAACUCAUAGCUUAUAUGUAUGUAAGAUAGUUCAUGACAGUCAAAUUGGCCAAACUGUGUCAAAGAGGUCAUUAGAAGGCGAGGUGCCAGUUAAGUCUAAGAAGAAGUCAAAACCAGACCCAGUAGUUCAAGAGCCAGAGCAAAACCAGGUAGAUUCGGAGAUUGAAAAAUUGAAGCUACAACUUAGCCUCAGAGACCAGGAAAUUUCGAAUUUGAAUAAAAUAAUUGCUAAGCUAACAAGGAAACAAAGACGGUGAUCAGGUCAUCAGAUGUUGACAACGAGAAGUUUUAGCCUGCAAUUUCAUGUUUGUGCUUCAUCUCAAAUUAUACGCUUCCCUUCAGAAGCUGGUAGUCCCUUCUAAUUUUAGGGAAGCUACUACUGAAAAUUGAAGUAGAUAAUUAAGCUACAGUCACGAGAUGGAAUUUCGUCUGUGCUAUAGAAGUUCAGACAAAUGAAGAAAGCAAAUUGUAUCAGUAGAAUAUUGUAAUUUUGUAUUCAAUACAACAAAGUAAUGCAACUUUUCCCAUAUUUUAUUUAUUUUAGUUAAUUGUUUUUUAUUUACCA